AUGGCCAAGCGAGGUCUGCUUAAAUUUGUGAGCCGGUUUUACCAGCGAGCCGUUCCUGGGCCACGAGCCUUUCCUGAGGCGCGAGCCGUUCCUGAGGCAGCCACCCACCAAAUUGACUUAGCGAAUUUGACGCGUCGGUACCACGCCAUCCUUUCUCCCCGCUGUGCCGCCCGCCCGUCCCGUCUCUGCCGCUGCCCGUGGUGCCCGUCUCUUAUCUCUACCAAUCCCGACUGCGUCGUGCCACCCCUCCAGGCCUACUUCAAGCCAUGCCUUCUCCACGCAAGAGGCCGAGUGUUAUGGAAGCCGGGCGCGGACGCCAACCCCAACCCCCCCCAGCAGAGCACCAGUACCAGCACGGGUACCAGUACCAGUACCAGCACCAGUACCAGUACCAGCACCAGUACCAGCGCCAACGCCAACGCCAACGCCAACGCCACCAAUCCUACCGAGAGAGAGAAGACCCUUUGGGGCAAAACCUCGAUGGACGUUCGCCGCGUUACCAAACGCCGCCGUAGACCCGAGCCCGAGCCAGAACAACCGGGUUCGAAUGAUGACGCAGUGGCGGCCGAGAUGGCUAAGGACGACGCCAACGAGCGUAAGCUCACAGACAACAUUAAGAGUAUUCACGGCGACGAUGUGGACCCUUUCGGCUUGGAGUGGCCAGGAGGCCCGUACGCGGUUCAUGAACGACCAGAAAAACUGCAAAAACUACUUACAACCCAUGCCGAGCACCCUGAGUAUACAAACAUACUCAAUGUGGAGCUGCCAGUCCCUCGGGACUACCUUAAGCGGAUGACGGAUGCGGCCUGGGCGGAGGAGAGCUUCUUUAAAGUGUGGACAUAUAUGGAGGGGCGGCUGGACUUCAAGCGGUCUUCUAAACUGGGACAGUACUAUAUACGCAGCCUGGCCCUAGAGGUAGCAGAGUGGAUGCGGGUCAAGAAGCAGGACGCGGACGCUGGUAUUGCUCGCCGCGUUAAGUUGUUGUCGUACUACGACGACAUGCCAAAGAAGUCGGAGUAUAGGAGUCUCAACGAGACUCACUUUGCGUGGGUCUUCGAGCGGCAGCGCCGCCAGAAGAAGCAGAAGAAGAACUCCUCUGCGACGACCAAGGCCAACCUCGAACGAUUUGUGAUUGACGAGGCGCCGCCGUCGGACAGGGAGGAGCCCGGGCACAGGCACCUUCCAGUCAAUAAGCCUUUACAACAACUCAAGAAUUUUCAACCACUCCACCUCCCGCCUCCCAUCUCCCACUUUCUCUCGCAAGUCGCGUCGUUAUCCCUCUCGUUGAUGCCGUUUUCUAAGCUCAAGACGCCACGCGCUUUACAGCAUCGUGCGAAGAAGGCGUUGAUUCGUCGUCGACUGCAGAAGCGCGAAGCUGCAAAGCGCCAGCGCCUUGACUCGACCGACCGGGAACGUGGCUCUUCGCCUCAGCGUCCUCGUCACAAAGAGCCGACCGAUAGCGACGGCGAUGGCGGCGAUCGGGAACCGAUCACAUCUGCUACUGAUUUCGACGACUUCGAGCUUGCCCGAGCCUUGAUCGAUGUAGUGAACGAAGCAGACCACGUCGUCUAUCCCAACCCCGAGACCGACGAGUAUCAACUUGCAGACGACGGUCCGCUCCAGCAAGAGCUGCAGAAACUGGCCGAGUACCAGUAUGCCGCUGAUACCAUCGAGAGCCACGACGAUGAAGCGGAAGGCAUCUCCGCCGCCGAUGAACAUGAAGAGGAGGUGCUAGAUACCAUCGCGGUUGCCGCACCCUGGGACACCACCGGUCAAUACCAAACCUCCGAGCCCGAAGACCCGUUCGCAGCCUCGCAACCCAGUUGA